AACUCCAACGACCCGCCCCAUCUCUUCGGUCUCACUCUCGCCAUUCCGCGUCUCCCGCAGAAUUUCUCGAACUCGGUCGCCGACGCCGAUGGAUCGUUUCCGGCCGCUGAGGCGGAUCCAGGUGGAGCCCGAGCCAGCGGACCCGCCAGCGCCGGCGGCCGGCGGCGGAGGGGAUGUGGAGGGGGAUGAGGAGCCGGCGCCCGCCGCAGGGCUGCUCAUGGGAGCGAAGGUGAGGCGGCGCGCCGCGGUGUACCGCGACUGCAAGGGUGACUACAUCGGCGUCCCCAGCGACCCCUGCCUCACCAAGAUCCUCUCCAAGCAAGGAGACAACAAAGUUCUGUUUGCAGACAAGGUAUUGAAGUUCACUCAAUCGGGAAAGAUGAAAAGGCGCAUCCUGGUGAUCACGGACUUUGCUCUCUACCUUGUUGAUCCUGAUGCUGAUAUAUUGAAGAGGAGGAUAGCUCUUGCAGCCGUUGAUAAGAUAUGCAUUAGCAACCUCAGUGAUAACUUCUUCGCAAUCAUUGUGCCAACUGAGUAUGAUUGUUUAAUGGCUAGCACUAGAAAGAAGGAAAUUGCUGAUGUUAUAGUUAAGGCUAUUAAGAGCACAUCUGAGUAUGAACCUGAGGUGGCUUCAUCUAACAGGUACGUUGUUUCUGAUGAACCUUUGAUACGCCCUUAUAAGCAUAGAAUGUACUCUGAACGCUUGCUUCUCACACUUACCCUUUUUUUUUUCGAGUUGCAACUGUAAAGCUAGAGUUUUAGACCCUUAAAAAUUCUGUAAGUACCGUUUAUAAGAAAUUAGUUUUUUCCAUUGACACGGCGACACCUAUUAUCACAGCAAGAAAGAAUUAGUGUCCAGGGUUAAAAUUUCUGAAAUGAGAACUAGCCUUAACAUAGGAGAAUAAGUUUUAUAACCUGAUCCAUUGGGUUGCAUCUAUAUAUUUCACAUGAACCACAAAAUGUCAAGUACACUUUUGGAAAGACCACCCUGAACUGUUCUACUUUACUCUUGCCCUCUACCACCUUCUAGGGAUUUGGAUAGUCUACAUUAGUCUCCACCAUUUAGAGUUACCCUUGCAGGUUCUUCUAUUUCAAGCUUUCAACAGUAGCUCCUACCCUAUGCGUACCCUAUCAACUGCAUUUAUUUUUUUAGUGAUCUUCACUUUUUGCACAUCAAUUUUAGUAGCUCCUGAACUCUCUCACCACUGUGUUGUACAUCGAAAUUGAUGAUUUCACUCAACACUUUGAUUUAACACCUUCAAUGCCUGUUAACAUGUACUGCUUUGUGUUACCAAUGUAUGGUAGUCCAAGACCUAGCUUCUUCAU